AUGGAUAUCAUACUAAAAUGGAGAAAAUUCAAGAUUACAUUGACGGCUGACAUCGAAAAAAUGUACCGGCAGAUCCAGAUGAAACAACCAGACACCUUUUAUCAGCUGAUUUACUGGCGAGACAACAAGAUGAAUCCGCUGCAGCUGUAUCGAUUAAAAACCGUCACUUUUGGAACAGCCUCCGCUCCUUACCUGGCCACUCGCACGUUGAACAAGCUUGCUGAUGACGAGAAGGACAAAUAUCCGUUAGCAGCCCAGAUGAUACGUCACGAUAUGUACGUUGAUGAUUUGGUAAGCGGAGCAGACUCAGUACCAGAAGCUCAACAAAAGGUAGCUGAAAUCAACCAUCUUCUAUCAUUAGCUGGUUUUCACUUACGUAAAUGGGCGAGCAAUUCUGAAGAUGCCUUGAUCAAUAUUGCACCCCAAGAACGUGAAGUUGAUUUUCUGUUGCCUUUCGAUUCUUCUGAGCACAUUAAAACCUUGGGCAUAAAAUGGCUCCCUUCCAGUGACUCAUUCACUUUUCAGUGGGUUCAAUCUGAAGCAACUGAAGUCACUAAGCGAACCAUCUUGUCAACCAUUGCUAAACUUUUCGAUCCACUUGGCUGGAUUUCUCCGUGCGUGAUUUCAGCAAAAAUUAUCAUGCAAAAAUUGUGGUUGAAAGGUUUAGCAUGGGAUGUUCCUGUUCCUCUCAAUCUGCAACAAGAAUGGAUUUCUCUGCGAACAGAUUUGCCAAGUCUCGAAAAAAUUCGAAUACCAAGAUGGAUUUGCACUGAAAAAGAGAAUUUAGAGUUAGAAUUACAUGGUUUUAGUGACGCUUCUAUGAAGGCAUAUGGGGCAGUAGUUUACCUUAGGAUUCUGAACAGAAGCAACAAAAUUCACACUCACCUCGUUAUGUCCAAAACUAGAGUUGCUCCUCUUAAUACAGUUUCACUCCCUCGACUUGAGUUAUGUGGGGCUGUUAUGUUAGCUCGUCUUCUGUGCUAUGUAAGAGAUGUCUUGCAACUAGGCCAAAUCAAAACUUACGCGUGGACUGAUUCCACCAUAACUUUAUGUUGGAUAGCUGCACCGCCAUCAAAAUGGAAGACUUUUAUCAGCAAUCGAGUAGCCGAAAUUCAGCGAUUAACUAACGUUAACAUUUGGAAUCACGUCCCCACUAAACUGAAUCCUGCGGACUUAGCUUCGAGAGGAAUUUCGCCAUCAGAAUUAAAAGUUAACACUCUUUGGUGGCGAGGACCAGAGUAUCUUCAAUCAAUUUGGAAGUUCCCGUUUCCAAGUCCAAAAACAACGUAUGAAACUAAAGAAGAAAUGCGAUCAGUAAAGGUCCAGUUACAUUGCGCAAUAGAAUCUGAAAAUCAAGUUGCAAAAUUAUUUCAUAAAAUCUCAGAUUUGAAAAAACUGAUACGAAUCAUCGCUUAUUGCCGGAGGAUUGUUCACAUUUGCUUGAAAAAACUCCCGAUGAACCAUUUAAUUGAACUACUUACCACUUCCGAGUUACAAAACGCAACAUUUAAUUGCAUCAGAGCUGCUCAAAAACAGAUGUUUCCUGAAGAAAUCCAAAACUUAAUCAAGCAUCCAUCAUCAUCGAAACAUUUUGGAUCACUACAUCCGUUUAUCGACCGAAAUGGUAUUCUUCGAGUUGGAGGACGCCUUCAAAAUUUAAACUUACAGUUCGAACAACAACAUCCAGUCAUCCUCAAACCAGAACACGUCUUUUCGAAAUUACUCAUCCGGGAAGCUCACGAAAAAACGCUCCAUGGUGGAUUGCAGCAAAUGGUCACCAAUCUCCGCACCAAAUAUUGGAUUUUGAAUCUCAAGAGAAGCGUGAAAAAAUACAUCCAUAAAUGCGUAAUUUGCUUUCGAUUCAAAGCUAAACCCAUGCAACAAUUGAUGGGGAAUUUACCAGCUGUUCGAGUCAGAGUGUCCCGGCCAUUUACACACACAGGUGUAGAUUAUGCUGGACCGAUAGAGGUUAAAUCCUGGAAAGGACGUGGAGGCAAAAUCUAUAAAGGGUAUUUCGCCAUAUUUGUUUGUCUAGCUACCAAAGCAAUCCACUUGGAAGCGGUAAGUGACAUGACGACUCAGGCAUUUUUGGCAGCUUUUCGAAGAUUUACGGCACGUCGAGGUGUCUGCACUGAAAUGUACAGCGACUGCGGAAAGAACUUCGUGGGUGCCAAUACCGAGCUCCAAAGAAUGAUGAAGUCUGCAAAGAUCGAUUGGAAGCAAAUCACAACAACAACAACGAACGUCGGAACUAAAUGGAAUUUCAUUCCUCCCGCUUCUCCCCAUUUUGGUGGAUUAUGGGAAGCAGGAGUGAAAUCCGUAAAGUUUCAUUUGAAAAGGGUCGUCAGAAAUGAAACCCUUACAUUCGAGGAGCUCAGCACGCUUCUAACAGAAAUAGAAGCAUGUCUAAACUCGAGACCUCUUUGUCCAGUUUCCGACAACCUAGACGACUUCGCUAUUCUCACGCCAGCACACUUCCUGUUUGGAACAUCGGCCCAACUAGUUCCAGAAGCAGAUUUGGCAGAAAAGGUUUCCAACCUUGAUAGGUGGAGAAAAAUCCAAAUUGCUGUUCAUUCGUUCUGGAAGCAAUGGAGUAGCGAAUAUCUAGCUCGCCUUCAGCAACGACCGAAGUGGUUGAAAACCGAAGCACAGCCUCAAAUCGGAGACCUGGUUUUGCUGAAGGAUGAACGAUUGCCACCUUCUCAAUGGGCUCUUGCACGCAUCAUAUCUUUAGUUCCAGGAAAAGAUGGAUUGAUUCGUGUCGUCAACAUAAAAACGCAGUCUGGAGAGUUCAAAAGACCAAUUACAAAAAUUUGCCUACUACCAUCCAAUCGAACUGCAGAUGAAACCGCAACUAUCUAA